AUGUGCGGAAUCUUCUUCUCACUGACAGCGCAGGACACCCCCGUGGUUGCAGGCACAGAUCUUCGCUAUUUGCUGGCAAAACGAGGCCCAGACGAGGGCACAUACAGCAUUGGCGUGCGCGGCGCGAAACUCAAUAAAUUGUUCAAUUGCGAAGGUGGCCGCCCAUUAUGGCUCUCAUUUGGAAGCACAGUCCUUUCAAUGAGGGGAGAUGGUGUCGUUCGACAACCACUUACUGAUAGCGGCAGAACCGGAUCUAUACUUGCAUGGAAUGGCGACGCGUGGAAGAUCGCCGGGCAACCUAUACCGGAGAGGAAUGACACGGAAAUCGUCUUCAGCCAUCUUCUCCAAGCUUCCACACAGGACUAUCUCUCGGGAAAUUACAAUGGUGUUCCCGAUUCCGCCCAGAGAGUAGCGGAAACUGUCAGUAAGAUCACAGGGCCGUUUGCCUUUGUGUUUUAUGAUGCCGCCAACUUCAGAUUAUAUUUUGGAAGAGAUUGUUUGGGAAGAAGGUCUCUCUGUUGGGGUCUCGAUGAGGCAGGGAAUCUUACGAUAUGUAGCCUGUCUUCGUCUCCUGCCUUUGAAGAAAUCGAGGCGGAUGGUAUAUAUAUGAUUGAAUUCGAAGAAGAUCUAUUUGCGGAUCACGAACCAAUACCGGCUACGAGCCCUAUUUGUUUCGACACCCAGAACAUAUCAAAAAUACCUUGGAGCCAUGAGGCCUUGCAGACAUAUCAUAUGAUAAGUCCCAUUCCUCCAAUGAAUAAGGCAACUCCGAAGGGCACUCCGCCUCCACUAACUACUACAUCAUAUGUUGUCAAAGAGCUGGAAAACAGGCUUCGCCAUUCCCUAGCGCUGAGGAUUCAAAAUGUCCGGGAGCCGCCCCUUGCCGGUGAUAGUAACGUCAGGGUUGGCGUGCUGUUUUCUGGGGGUCUCGAUUGUACCCUUCUCGCAAGACUCGCUCAUGACAUCCUACCCGCUGGACAGACAAUCGAUCUUUUGAAUGUCGCCUUUGAAAACCCACGGGUUGUAGCUGCAGCGGCAAAGGGGCUUGAGCAGACCUCAUCUGCGUAUGAAGGUUGUCCCGAUCGUAUCACUGGGCGAGCUGCAUUUGCGGAACUCCAACACAUAUGCCGCAACCGCAACUGGCGGUUUGUUGCCAUUGACGUUCCGUAUGUCGUAACUGUUGCGCAUCGUGAUACCGUCAAGCGCCUGAUGCGCCCGCAUAACACCGAAAUGGACCUUUCUAUUGCGUGCGCUUUAUAUUUUGCUGCGCGUGGCCAAGGAACAGCACUCGAUAGCCAAGGCCCCUAUACAAAACCCUCACAGUACAAAACACCUGCCCGUGUCCUCCUAUCUGGCCUCGGUGCAGACGAGUUGUUCGCAGGGUAUGCAAGGCACGGAAUAGCAUUUUCGCGCAACGGCUUCGAAGGCCUCAUUGAUGAAAUCGAACUCGACGUCAGCCGCCUGGGGAAGCGAAAUCUCGGCCGUGAUAACCGAGUAAUCGCACACUGGGCCCGGGAAGCGCGAUUCCCAUUCCUGGAUGAGGACUUUGUUGCCUGGGCGGUCCAAUUACCCGUCUGGGAGAAAUGUGGUUUCGGAGUUCCUGAGUGCCUGCCAGCAGAUAUCGGCAUUGAUCACGAGAAAAAAACGCUUCGCCUUCUAGCACUUAAGCUAGGAUUGGAAAAUGUUUCGCGUGAAAAGAAGCGUGCCAUUCAGUUCGGCUCUCGAACGGCAAAGAUGGAAAAGGGCAAGGUGAAGGGCACAGAUGCCUUGGCUUGA